AUGGACCAAGUGACCUGUGACACCCUCUAUUCCUCCUAUAUGGAAUGAACAAUGAACGCUCAAAAUUCCAUGUUCAGAUCCCGUAAGAAGACCCAGAAGUGAAACAACCUAAUGGAGGAGUACAAAGCGUGCCUGUUCAGCAUGCAGUUUAAUGAAGAGAGGUCUCAGAAGAGGACUUUAGCAAGAAGAGAGAAUUUUGGGAAAUCUAGGGUUGUACAUGAGCAAGUUGAUAAAGAAGUCGAUCCUAGUCAGGCGUCCAAGUUGAAGUUGUAA